CUCGAGGCCGGCUUGCUAAGGAUUCGCUCGCGACCGCUGCUUUUACGCGCGACGCCGUCAUCCCAGAGAAUCUACCGGCUUCGUCCAUCCCCGUUCCCACGGUGCAAUGGGAAAAGCUGGGGCUCUCGAGCUCAACCCGUCCUAUUUUCCCACUUUCCGUCAUCCGUAGUGGUGGCGCGUCAUACCCUGGAUCAGUGUAUGUGUGAUAUAGCUCGUGCCUAAGCGCAUGACCGCCCUUACACCCUCCCAAGCCACCCGACAUGGCGAAAACCCUUCGGUUAGGAGCUCGGCUCCGUUACCCCAUCACUAUAUCAAAGUUCCUAAAGAACCACGGUGACGACGUCGCCAAACAAGAACCCAUCCUCCGCUACACCUUCAGGUAUACCCGCAAAGUUGGCGACCCCAGUCUCGGCGAAGAGCACGACAUCGAGGAGACCGGUGUCGCGGACUGGGAUAGCCCUGCCGAGGGCAAAGUAAAACAAUGGCGCGUUAAGGUGGGAGAGGUGAUCAAGAAGGACCAAGAUCUUGUUGUCAUCGAGGAGACCUGUGGCCACGAGGUGCAAUAUGCCGGGCUCUGCGCCAUCUGCGGGAAGGAUAUGAAGGAGCAGAGCUAUGCUACCGAGUCGCUCGACACUGAACGCGCCACGGUCGCCAUGGUGCACGACAACGUUGCCCUCACCGUCAGCCAGGACCAGGCCACGCGCGCCGAGAUGCAACUGCAGCGCCGGUUGCUCAAGGAUCGGAAGCUCAGUCUCGUCGUCGACCUGGAUCAGACCAUCAUCCACGCCUGCAUCGAGCCCACCGUCGGCGAGUGGCAGCGCGACCCCUCGAAUCCGAACUACGAGGCCGUCAAGGACGUGCGCAGCUUCCAGCUCGACGACGGCCCGCGAGGGCUCGCUAGCGGCUGCUGGUACUAUAUCAAGAUGCGCCCGGGUCUGGCAGAGUUCCUGCAGAACAUUUCGGAGCUGUUCGAAUUGCACGUUUACACCAUGGGCACCCGCGCCUACGCGCUCAACAUCGCCAAGAUUGUCGAUCCUACCCAGAAGCUAUUCGGUAACCGCGUUAUCAGUCGAGACGAAAACGGCAGCAUGACCGCUAAGAGCCUGCAGCGGCUUUUCCCCGUCAGCACCAACAUGGUGGUGGUCAUCGACGACCGCGCCGAUGUGUGGCCGCGGAACCGGUCGAAUCUGAUCAAGGUCUCACCUUACGAUUUCUUUACCGGCAUCGGCGAUAUCAACUCUAGCUUCCUGCCCAAACGCGAAGACAUCAUAGCACCCUCCCCUCACCCUGAGCCGAAGCAGCCGAACGGCAACGCCCGGAAGCCAGACGUCGGCGCCGACCCGACCAGCCCCGCGCCCGAGAACGGGAAGACACCUGCAAAUAAUAGCGAAGAAGACGCGCUGCUCCAGCUGCAGGCCGAGGAGCAAGAGAGGACGCUGGAGAAGCAGCUCAAGGACCGUCCUCUGCUGCACCUGCAGGAAGAGCUGGACCGGGAGGACGACGAGGCCGAGAAGAAGUCGGCGACGGAGAAUGGUGAUAGCCAGCAGCAUUCUACUAACGGACACCCGGAGAGUCCCGCGCAUCACCGGCACCACAUUCUACGCGACGACGAUAGGGAGCUGGUAUAUCUCACAAAACACCUCACCAACCUACACCAUUCCUUCUACGAACAAUACGACGCGCGCUCCGCGCAUCGUCGGCCGGACGAUAUCGUGCCGGACGUCAUCCCCGACGUGGGAUCGACUCUCAACUUCCUCAAGUCGCAAGUUCUGCGAGACGCGAGGAUCGUGCUGUCGGGGCUCGUGCCGCUGGGCGUCGACGCGCGCAAAUCCGACAUUGGCAUGCACGCUGAAAGCUUUGGGGCCGAGAUCCGGACACGCGUAAGCAGCGACAUCACCCACCUCGUCAUCAGCAGCUCCCGGCCACGAACACAGAAGGUCCGACAGGCGGCGCGCAUCUCGACGAUCAAGAUCGUAAACCAGAACUGGCUUGCCGACUCCAUCAUGCAAUGGAGAAAGCUCGACGAGGCUCCGUACCUCGUGCACGUGCAUCCGUCCGAUCGAGCCGCCGAGGCGCCCCUCGAAGAAGGCUCGGCUUCACCGCCCCGGCCGAGGAUCACCAUCAUCAACUCGGGUCGACAGCUGUUCGAGGACGAGGGGAACGGCGGAUUCGAGGACGGCGACGCGGACGACUCGGGGGACGAGGAGGACGACGACGACGACGAUGGCGACGAGGACGAGGACGACGAGGACGAGUUCCACGAUAGGUACAACGUGAUGCCGCCCGAACUAGAGGACGGCGAGCGUAGCCCGGUUGACGGCCUCGUGGGGAUGGAGUGGGGCGACGUCGACAAGGAGCUCGAGGAAUUCAUGGGAUCCGAUGUCGAUGAUUCAGACAUGGAUAGCAUGCAGGGCACGGACCUCGGGACGGAUACGGACUCUGAGGAACCGAAGGGCCGGAAGCGUAAGCUGCAAGACGACGGCGAGGCCGAGGAAGCCGCGGGCAGCGCGCUGGCUAAAAAGCAGCGCAUCGCUAAGGCGAGGACUACGGGUCUACGGAACGUACGGAACGCCACGGACGAGGAGGACGCGGGCGAUAGCGGCCUACCGACGCCGAUGGGCACCGGCGACGAGGAGGAUGGUAGGCGCGACGCGAAUGCCGACGACGGGGACGAGGGUGAUAACGAUGUAGACGACAACGCCAACGCUGGAGUCGACGACGACGACGACGACGACGACGACGACUUUGCCGACCUAGAGGCGGAGCUCGAGGCGGAAUUAGAAGCCGAAGGCGAGAAAGGGUGACAAAUAACAGCCUUCCCGUCCCGGCCAGCCCGGGGCACAAGCUAGCUCAGUUGUCUUGACUCGUUUUGUCGCGUUAUCAUUUUUGUUUCUUCUGGAGUUCUGAA